UGUCAAACCGAUAGGAAUUUCAAUAUUGGUCGUUGGAAAAGCCACAAAGGUUUAAAAUACAUAUAUAUAUUUUUCUGGACAAUAUGCAGCGUUUGCUUCAGGGAUGCCGUUCCAUCUACAUGUCAUCCGUGCUCCGGAGUGGAGGCCAGAUGGAUGCCAGUGCGAUGAAGGAUAUGCUAAAGUUUGAGUUCUCGGAGGACAACCAGCGCAGGGUCAAGGCCCUCCUGGCCUGGUAUCCGGAGGCCGAGUGGAAGGGAGCCCUGUUACCACUUUUGGACAUUGCCCAGCGGCAGCAGGGAUGGCUGUCGAUCAGUGCCGUCCAGGCCGUGGCCGAGAUUAUAAAAGUGGAUCCCAUGAAGGCCUUCGAGGCGGCCCAGUUCUACACGAUGUUCUUCAUGAAGCCGCGUGGGAAAUAUGUGGUUAGUGUUUGCACCUCAACGCCUUGCAAGUUGCGUGGGGGCGAUGAGAUCUUUAAGGCCUGCAAGAAGGCCCUGAAUCUGGUGCAUGGCCAGACCACUCCGGAUAUGCAGUUCACCCUGAAGGAGGAUUACUGCAUGGGUGCCUGUGUGAAUGCCCCGGUUCUGGCUGUUAAUGAUGAUAUGUACGAGGACCUGGACGAGAAGAGCCUGGCCGACAUCCUGGCGAAGCUCAGUAAGGAUAAGCUGCCGCCCGCUGGUCCGCAAAAUGGGAGAUGUGCCUCCGAGCCCAAGGGUGGACCCACCACCUUGAAGAUCCCACCACCGCCGCCCGGCUUCAUGAUGCAGGAUCUGCCUGAUCCGAAGACCAAGAAGUGCCAGUAGCCAUUGAUUAAGUUUUAAAGCAAUAAAUUCCGCC